AUGCUGCGGAUCCUGCUCCUGGCCGCCUUCGUCCUCUGCGGUGAGCGCUGGGAAGCUCGGAGCGAAAUCUCGCUGCAAUAUUCCUCCGGCGGCAGCUGGCACCACACGUGCGGCGGCUCCCUCCUCCGCCAGAACUGGGUGCUCACGGCCGCUCACUGCGUCGACAGUAACCUGAACUACCGCGUGGUGGCCGGCGACCACAACAUCAACCGGGUCGAGGGCACCGAGCAGACCUUCAGCGUCAGCCAGAUCGUCAUCCAUCCCUCCUGGAACAGCAACAAUGUGGCCGCGGGCUACGACAUCGCGCUGCUCCGGCUCUCCGGCAGCGCCACCCUCAACAGCUACGUGCAGCUGGCGGUGCUGCCCACGGCGGGGACCGUCCUGACCAACAACUACCCCUGCUACAUCUCCGGCUGGGGCCUGACCCAGACGUAG